AGACCAGUUGUUGCCCUACCCCGAGCUGGAUUCUACCUCAGGUCACCAAAUUCAUUCUUUGCAGUCCCAUCUCUCAACACCGCAACCGGACGAUAGAUUGAAACUCCAAAGCCUAGGAAAUCAACUUUCGCAUCUCCCACUGCAGCAUUCUGUAAAUCAGCAACAACAACAACAACAACAAGACGUCUCAAUACCCUCUGACUUGUACGCUCAAGUAUUGCAACCGCAGUUACACAGUGCUCAACAUUACUCACAGCCACAUCUGCAACAGCAUCAUCAGUAUCAGCAGUCGCAUCAACAACAGCUACAACAACAACAACAGCAACAGCAGCUACAACAAUAUCAGCAGCUACACCAACAACAACAACAACAUCAACAGCAACAGCAACAUCAACAGCAACAGCAGCAACAGCAGCGACAGCAGGACUUUCAUUCUCAGUCUCAACAACACCAGCCUCAUCAACAGUUACAAAAUCAGAGUAAGUCCCAACAGCUGCCUCAACAACAAGAACAGCAACAACCACCACCGCAACAACAGCAGCAACAUCAACAAUAUUCGGACGUGAUGUUCAAUUCCUUCUUAACGCAGAUAGGUCAAAGAUCUAUGAACAAUGUUCUUAACACGUUCCAACCCGCUGCUCACAGCGUGUCCGCCGCUGUGGGUAAUGCGAUCACCCAACCUGCUCAGAGGUACUUCCACGCCGCCAUGAAUACCCCUUCUAUGUUAGAUUUGACCCAUCCAGCCAUGGUCCAACCUACACCUCAUUUUCAACUGCAGGUUCCUCCACCAGUUGCUAAGAAGAUGUCUGCUAGUCAAAGCAGAAUUGAAAAGAGAAAACAACUCAAGAAACAAGGACCCAAGAGACCUUCCUCGGCAUACUUUUUGUUUUCAAUGGCCGCCAGAGAAGACCUUGUCAGACAGUACCCAGAUGCCAAAGUUCCUGAGUUGUCUAAGUUAGCUUCUGCCAAGUGGAAGGAAAUGACCGAUGAAGAGAAAAGACCAUACCACGACAAGUUCAAGAUAAAUUGGGAAAAGUAUAGAGUUGCUAGAAAGGAAUACGAGUCAAACUUGCCUCCAAAACGGCCAUCAGGACCUUUCAUUCAGUUUACUCAAGAGGUGCGUCCUAAGAUCAUCAGCGAGAAUCCGGAAAAGGAUCUAAUUGAAAUCACCAAAUUGAUCGGUGAAAAGUGGCGGUCAUUGUCUCAAACUGACAAGCAAGCAUAUACCGAUACUUACAAGCGUAAACUCAAGGAAUGGGAAGAGCAAUACCCGGAGGAGUCGAAUCUUGUUGACGCUCCCAAGAUCGAGUCUUGA